AUGGAUAGAUAUCGGUCGCAGACAAGCACUUACAACCGUAUGGUGACGGUUUUUGUGGCUGUCGGAUCGAUGACCUACGGUUAUUGCGCCUCCAUCAUCUCCAGUACCAUCGGCCAGCCUGGAUGGUACAGCUACUUCAGUCUCCCCGUCGAAGGUGAGCAUGGCUAUGCCACAAUCACCACUCCGACCAUUGCGACAGCAAAUGGUGUUUUCAGUGGCGGUGGUGCUGUCGGGACUCUCUUUAUGAUGUGGUCGUGCGACGUGUUUGGGCGCAAGGCUAAUAUACAACUCGGCGCUUUCCUCUCCUUGUUUGGAGGAGCUCUUCAGGCUGGUGCUAAUUCUAUCGAAAUGUUCCAAGCCGGUCGGUUUAUUUGCGGUCUUGGAAUAGGUAUUCUUGUGACUGUCUGCCCGAUGUACCUCUCUGAGAUGUCGAGCGCGUUCCGUCGAGGCUGGCUGGUUGGUCAUCAUGCUAUCUUCCUCGUCUUCGGGUACAUGAUGGCAGGAUGGGUCGGAUUUGCUUGUUAUUAUGCUGAAGAUGAUUUGUCUGCAUUUGGCUGGCGGUUUCCAUUGGCUCUGCAAUGCGUGCCACCCUUGAUCCUUAUUGCAGGAUCGCCCUGGCUUCCACGCUCGCCUCGUUGGCUAAUCUCAAAGGGGAAGCUCGAAGAAGCGCAUCAUGUCCUCGAGCGCCUUCGCCAGUCUCCGGAAGAUCCAGAGAAUCUUGCAGCCAAGGAAGAGUUCUUCCAAACCAAGGAACAGAUCGAGCUUGAGGCCAAGAAGAUGGCUGAUUACGGCAAUGUGUGGAAAGCUGUUGUGAUGAAGAAGUCCUACCGCAAGCGCAUGAUUAUCGGGUUUUUAACGCAAUGGGGAGCGGAGUUUGGUGGACCUCUUAUUAUCAACAACUAUGCCGUCCUCCUCUAUACCAAUUUAGGCAUGACAGGAGGUAUGCCGUUGCUGUUGAGCGCCGUCUGGUUGACCACGGCUGGGCUGAUAUAUAACCCCCUGGGUGCAUGGCUCCAUGACAAGGUCAACUCGCGACGAGGAAUGUUUAUCACUGGCUUUGUGGGCAUCAUCGUGACCACGUCCUGCCUGGCUGCUAUGACGGCCGAGUAUGCUGGAACAUCCAAUCGAGUUGGAAAUGGAUUUGGCAUCUUGUUCAUCUAUCUCUACUUAGCCUUUCAGGGCACCUGCUGUGAUACGACCAUGUAUCUAUAUGUCUCAGAGAUCUUCCCGACAGAAAUCCGUCCUAUUGGUAUGGGAUUCUCGUUAUUUGGCCAGUUCGCCGCAACUCUGAUCUUGCUGGAAACCGCUCCUAUGGGCUUCAAUAAUGCCGGCUGGAAAUACUACCUCGUCAUUAUCUGCUGGUCAACCUUCUUCAUUCCUGUGAUCUACUUCUUCUUCCCCGAAACAGCCCGUUUGACACUGGAGGAGAUUGCAAUGAAUUUUGGUGAAGAAGUUGCCGUUCAUCUCUCAUACGGGACCGAUGAAGAGGGGGCUCGGAGGGAUGGUGAUCUCCCCCAGUCUGGUGAUAUUUUGGAAAUUUCAACGGUGUCUAGCUCUGCCAACGACGAGAAGAGGGGUGUAGACCAUCACCCGGCGACGGAUUUGGAAAAUACGGAACAAAGGGCUAACUAA